AGCAGUGCUUGCAUCUUUUAACAUAAGGCAUUGGCUGAAUGGCGCCCUCUAUAGUUCUUUCGAAUUUACCGCCAUUUGCUGAUGCUCCAUUGAUCAUUGAACAUAUCGUGCUGUUGAUAGUUGUGUGUAGAUUUGUUUUGCUAAAUUAGUUGACAGCCCUCUGACUGACUCAACUGUCAGUAGUUUUUCUAAACUCGUCGUGAACAGAAGACAACUUUAGUCGAGGAAACAUGCCGCGGGAAAUAAUCUCGUUACAGCUUGGACAGUGUGGAAAUCAAAUUGGCUUUGAGUUCUGGAAGCAGCUGUGUCUGGAGCAUGGCAUCAGCCCAGAGGGAAUCCUAGAAGAUUUUGCCACAAACGACACGGACCGCAAAGAUGUAUUCUUCUAUCAGGCAGAUGACGAGCAUUACAUUCCUCGUGCCGUCCUUCUCGAUCUGGAGCCGAGGGUCAUCCACAGCAUUCUGAACUCUCCGUAUGCCAAUCUCUUCAACCCCGAAAACAUCUACCUGUCCAAGCAUGGCGGGGGCGCUGGAAACAACUGGGCGUCUGGGUACGAGCAGGGAGAUCGUCUGUAUGAAGAAGUAUUUGACAUUAUAGACAGAGAAGCUGAUGGCAGUGACAGCCUGGAGGGAUUUGUGCUAUGCCAUUCAAUAGCUGGAGGUACUGGCUCUGGUAUGGGAUCCUACCUCCUUGAGAGGCUUAAUGACAGAUUUCCGAAGAAGUUAAUCCAGACCUACUCGGUGUUCCCUAAUCAGCAGGAGAUCAGCGAUGUGGUCGUGCAGCCGUAUAACUCAAUGCUGACGAUGAAACGCCUCACCCAGAAUGCAGACUGUGUGGUCGUUCUGGACAACACGGCUCUGAACCGAAUAGCGAGUGACCGUCUACAUCUGGCUAAUCCUGACUUCUCACAAAUCAACCAAAUGGUUUCAACCAUCAUGUCAACAAGUACAACAACACUCCGUUACCCCGGCUACAUGAACAACGACUUGAUCGGACUCAUUGCGUCCCUCAUCCCCACCCCGAGGCUUCACUUCCUCAUGACGGGAUACACGCCCCUGACUCUCAGCUCCGAUUUGAAGCAACAGAGUGUUCGUAAGACGACGGUUCUGGAUGUAAUGCGUCGACUGCUACAGCCCAAGAACAUCAUGGUGUCAACGACACUACGAGACAGACAGAGUAGUCACUGUUACAUCUCUAUCCUCAAUAUUAUACAAGGGGAGGUAGACCCAACACAGGUUCAUAAGAGUCUCCAGAGGAUCAGGGAACGUAAACUGGCUCAGUUUAUCCCGUGGGGUCCCGCCAGUAUCCAGGUUGCCCUGUCUCGGAAGUCACCGUACGUUCAGACCGCUCACCGCGUCAGUGGCUUGAUGCUGGCCAAUCACACAAGUAUAGUAACUUUAUUUGAGAGGACAUGUCAGCAGUUUGACAAGCUGCGUAAGAGAGAAGCUUUCUUGGAGCAGUUCCGUAAGCAGGCCAUCUUCAAGGAUAACCUAGACGAGCUGGACAACUCACGAGAAGUCGUCCAGCAACUUAUUGACGAGUACCAUGCCGCCACCAAACCGGACUACAUCUCGUGGGGCACUCAGCAGUCUGCUGAGAGUGGGAGAUUGUAAACUGGAUUGCUCUUCACGCAGUCUGCGAAUGAGAUUGUAUUGAAAGUGGAAUAGUCUUUAUAAAGUCUGCAGAGUGAAGAAGAAAUCAAACUGUAAUGCUCUGUAAACAGUCUUCACAGAGGGAGGAAGAUUGCAAACUGGAGUGUUCUUCACGCAGUUUGCAGAAUGAGAUUGUAUUGAAAGUGGAACAGUCUUUAUAAAGUCUGCAGAGUGAAGAAGAGCUGGAAUUCCAAGCUGGAAUGUUCUAUUAACAGUCUUCACAGAGAGAAGGAGAUUGCAAACUUGAAUUCUCUCUGCGUAGUCUGCAGAAUGAGAUUGUAUUGAAAGCUGAACAGUCUCUGCAGAGGGAACAAGCGAGCAAACUGGAAUGCACUUUUAGCUGUCUUCACAGAGGGAGGGAGAUUGCAAACUGGAAUGCUCUUCCCGCAGUCUACAGAAUGAGAUUGUGUUAAAAGUGGAACCGCCUUCUAUAGUCUGCAGAGUUAAGAAAGAAAAGUCUGCAGAGUUAAGAAGAGACCAAACUGGAAUUUUUGUUGAGCCCGAUAUCAUGGCUUCACUUACCCCUGAAUUCUGCGCUUGCAAUCACCAUACGCCGCUUACUAUGCAGCUGACGAAUCUCUGCUUUUGCUAUGUAAUAUGGGGUAUGAACGAGCACAAGCAAAAGAUCCCUGCUAACCCAGGAAAUACGCUAAGAGCAAAGUUCCCUGCUUCUGUUAGUGCUGAUUCGGUAAGCAGAACCAUGAAAUUUCCUCCUGAUCCGCUAUGGAAACUUUUAAGACAAAAUUUGUAAAUAAUAAAUGGCUAAGCACGCAGAACUUUGCACAUUGUUCUUUAGUUUUCUGUUGUGCUACUAAAUCAGAGGUGACAGUAACCACUGGGACUAGAGAUCUCGAAGUGGAAGUUGUACGUCUGGCUAUCACUCUUUACAUUUUGUAGUGAUAUAAGCUUAUGGUUAGAAUAGAAGCCUACAGCAGAUUUCGAUAGUAUAAAACAUUUUGAGAAACAUUUCACUUUGUAUUAUGUGAUUAUGUAAACAUAUCAGUCACAUUUCUCAGCUUAAGGAUUAUCUUCCUGCGUUGACAAUUUUGACGGUUUCUCAAAAAUGCGACCAUUGUAUUGUGAGGUAUACAUCCACAUGUACAUUAAACAUUUAUAUUGGAUUAAAACAAUCGAAUGGCUUCAAAAACCAAAGGUAUACUUUGCCUUUACAGGCACUGGACACCUUUUG